AUGAUGUCAACGUCAUCAGCGUCUAAUGGAAAUACUGUUCCAUCAGUUUCUUAUCAAUUAGGUGAACAACGUGGUGUACGUCGUCCGAAAUGCGCACGUUGUCGAAAUCAUGGAAUGAUAUCAUGGUUGAAAGGACACAAACGUCAUUGCAAAUUUCGUGAUUGUGCCUGUGCCAAAUGUAUUCUUAUUGCUGAACGACAACGUGUUAUGGCUGCACAAGUGGCAUUAAAACGACAACAAGCAAGUGAAGAUGCCAUCGCAUUACGUGUGCGGUGUCUUUCGCCUUUCAAUCAGUUACCACCUGGACCAGUUUGGGGUGCAGUAACAUCAUCCAAUGGUAGCCAUGAUGAUGAUGACGAUGAAGGUGAUCAUGCUUCAUCAUCGAAUUCUCCAAGAAAUGAUCAUGAAUCAAUUGUAUCAGGAUCUUCGCCAAAAACAGGUAGUAGCCCAACAAGUUCAACAAAACGAAGUGCUGAUGAUGGUACAACAACAACAUCGAAUACAUCAGGUAUACAUUCGAAUGAAGAUUCAUCAGGUUCAAUAGCAGAUGAACAACAAGCACAUACAAUAUCACCACGCAGUAAAAUUCGCCGACAAAAUAUGUCUAAUGUUGAAAUACUUGAACGAGUUUUUCCUAUGCAAAAACGUUCAGUAUUAAUGGCUGCUUUAACAACAUGUCAAGGUGAUUUAGCUAAAACGAUCGAUCAUUUUAUAACACUAGGUGAUAAUGUUGUAUCAUUUCAAAAUCAAUUACAAAGUGAUAUAACAUCGUCAGCAGCAGCAGCAGCCGCAGCCUCUACAACAACAACAACAGCCAUAACAAAAUCCGCUUUUACACCAAUAGCAACAACACCACUUCAAAAUGGACCCUCAUUUGAUUUUCGUGCUCCCAUGUUUUUUGCUUCUCAAACAAAUAAUCAAACUCAACGUGAAAAUCAUUUACCAUUAUUACCUCCGCCAUUACCACCACUACAUCCAACACAUCAAUUUGCUAAUAUGUAUCCACAACCUGCCAAUUUCCUUCAUCAUUUUGCUCAGACACAUCCAAUAGCUUUAGCAGCUGCUUAUGAAAAACUUAUUAAACGACAUCAACAAGAAGCAGCAGCAGCUGCCGCAGCCAAUAAAAUCGGCGAUCGUUGA